GUAAUCAUGUAGACUAUGUUAUCGAGACGUGAGGAGGGCGCCCGCGGGCAUUGCCCAUCCCUGGGGCCCGUAAUUUCUCUCGCCGGUCCUGACGAUCAGGACCUACGUCAUGGCAGCAAAUCCACCGUGCUUUCUUUCUGUUAUUUCUCUGGCCAGACAAGCGUUGUGAAAACGAGAUCGUCAAAGGCAAACAUCUGUUGGGAUCAUAAACUUGGGGCUACGUUCGUCUUAUUGAAACGAAACGAGUAUCUCCGGGGGGCUCUUCGUUCUGCCGUUUCCAGUAUUUUACGUACAAGGACAAUGGACCUUAUGUCAUAUCUAUACUUGGUUCUCAUCCUGGCUACUGCGACAACCGACAACAAGAAAGAGGAUAAGAAGGCCGACGUGGAGAGUUUUGCCAGGUUUGGGAGUACUGGACAUGUCUUCAAAGGAACAGCAAAGGGCCAACCAGUUCUCGUUGGUGUGGUAACCGGCCCAGACGACAGCAUGACAGACUGUGAUAUCGUACUUGGCAGGGAGUCGGUUGAUAAGGCCAUGAAGCUGUUACCACCAGAUGCUGUGUCCGAAGCGACGGAAACGCAACUUGUCGUACCCCUGGUGGCCUGUACCAAUUUUCGCCGCAACAACGUCAAAGGGCGUUCUUAUCCUGAAAACACGUGGCUCAUCUAUCCCGGUACAAAGUGGUGCGGAAGUGGCAACAUCGCUCUGCAUGAACAGGAACUGGGCGAAUUGAUCGAGGUGGACAAAUGUUGCAGACAGCACGAUUAUGCCACGGAGACAAUCAACCCCAGGGAGACAAAACAUGGACUCACAAACUACAGAGGUUAUCCCAUAACCACCUGCAAUGACGACUGGAAGUUCUACGCCUGUCUGAAGAAGGAAGGCUCCCCGGCAGCCAUGGAAAUCGGUCAUAUAUAUUUCGACAUGCUCUCACCCUUGUGUUUCCUGAAGAAUCACACAACUGAGUGCCAGGAAUAUUUCACGAGCCACCAAAGCGUGUGCAAGACGUACGGAAUUGACAAGAGCAAGCCGCAGACGUGGCAAAAGGUGUGGAAUCCAACCUUCGCCAUCGCCACGCGGCCAUCAGGAUGCGCACCAAUGACCGAGCAGCGAAAAUGAUCCUUGGUGUACGUUAUGGACGCCAAACAUAAAAGUUGAAUAAAAUCCGAUUGUGUUA